AGCCCUGUUUACCUUUUUCGUUCUAUUCUCUGCUUCGAAUUUUUGCAGUCGAUUUGUAUAGUUUGUUUCUUUGCACAACCAAGACCACGUGUGCGUUCCUGGACUAGUAGUAGUACGAAUCAGAGAGAGGGUUCUUCUGUGCUGAUUAGGUUAAGCUGUAUGCAGCACAGUGAUAAUAACAUGGAAACCUCCAAACUCAGUAACAGUACUCAAAAUAUUCGAUGCCAUCACUGCGCAGGACCCCUUUCAAACCGCAUGGAAACCAGUCUCUGGACCGUUUCGCCUCUCAUCAGGGAUAGCUUCUCUAUGAUUGGUUCUGCCGUUGGCGGCACGGCGAGUGCAUUUUAUGGAUUCAAUCUUGGCACCCCCUGUGAUAGUUUUCUCUUCAGCAUGCGCAGGACUGACAGGUGGUGCUAUUCCUGCUGCGGCACAACUUCUUUCCUCCUCUUAUCAUGCAGCAUACUCAUCUCCUACCGUACCUCCGCCAUCAGAGAAUGAAAAUAUUCAAAAGUCAAUAAAAUGAGAUAAUUUGUUAGGCCUUGGAGG